AUGACGGCCUCUGAGAGGGAGAUGCUCGCGGAAGACCUGGAGCUGUUCGUUGCGGAAAUCCCCGAUCACAUCGUCGAGCUCUUGAAGAAGCAGAGCUGCGCCACCCGCCCCGGCGAAAUCGAGAUCGACGUCCACGCGUUGGACGACGCCGCCGCCGUCGAGUUACAGGAGCAGGUUAACAAGUUCGCUCGAGAGAAGAGGGCGGCGAAUCCGUCGACGCAAGAACGGCACCAAGACGGCCCUACGGUGAUGGCCGAAGAGGAAGAGGAGGACGAAGAAGUUGACAUCUGUGGCGGCGUCUCCCCCUUAGCGAUCGUGCCGCAACCUCUGCCGCAAGAACGGCACCAAGACGACCCUAAGGCCAUGGUCGAAGAGGAGGAAGAUGUUGACAUCUGCGGUGGCAUCUCCCCGUUACUGAUCGUGCUGGCACCUCUGCUGCUCGUCGAAGAUGAAACCGCCAACGGCAGCCCUAGCUCCAGCAGCAGCAGUUCAGAUACUGAUUCCAGCGACAGCGAUUCAGACACUGAUUCCGGCAGCACCGACUCAGGUUCAGAGCACUCCGGCGGCAGUGACUCAGAUUCUGAUUCCGACGAGAUCGGCAACAGUCCAGCACCGGCCAUCACACCUCCAACAUGUGAGCAGCUCGCCCGUGCUCUGGAAAGGCAGCGAAAGGAGGCCACGUCCCGGGCGAGGGAGAAGGCCCGUCAGGAGCUGCUCCAGAUGGAGAAGACGGCAAUGCCCGACGAUACCCUACACCGAGAGGAUCGGAAGAGGCUCGGCAUUGAUGAGUACAACACGGCGAAGCCCAACAACUUGUUGCGGCAGAUUGGACUCUACCUCAAGCUUGACGACUACUACUGGAAGCAGCAACGCCGUCAACGAGGAUUUAGAGGAAGGGGAGAUUCGGUCGUGAUAGUCGUUGCUAGCAAGGUGUUAUAG